UCUGGGAACACCACCUCGCGCGGCAGCCGCUCUCUGCGGACCGCGGCCGCCGAUCAGUCCGUGUACGUACUGCGCGCCGGUCGCUAUGUGAACGGUUCACGCGCGUGUGUGUGACUUGUGUGAUUUUUUUUUCCCCCUUGUACGCCGCUGUCGAACACCCGUUGCGGACCGCGCGACGGCACCGCGAAACACAUAUUAUUUUGUUACUCCAGAGCCGUCGAUAUACAUAUUGUUUCUCAGUGUUCCGCGUCGAAAAUAUUUUCACCGAACAACGUAAUCCGAAGAAUAGAAUUCUAUUUUAAUUUAUUUAUUUUAAAAAUUUAUUUUUUAUUUUUAUCUCCCGUUUUCGCGCCGUGCUGUGAUAAACCGAAAACCGUUGCGUCGCGAUACGGGUCCCGCGUCCACACCGCCGUCGAGCGCAACACGUCCGCGUAGAACGAUUCGCGUUGCAGCGGCCGCACAGUCUCGCACGGAACCGACCGUCCGCGGUCGUCGGCCGCGACCACUGACCGUCUACCGUAAUACGUCCGAGUGCGCGCGCGCGGUGGUGCGUCGUUUCCUCUCUAAACCGGUGCUCGAAAAUCGUUCGCAAUUACGGACUUAACGAUUUACCCGCGCAGUGUUCGGGGCGCGUCGGUUGAAUGUGAUUGGAAAGCGCGGGUGAUGGCCACCACGUACCUGCCGGUCAGCGGCGGCGGCGGCGGCGGCCCGGGCCCCGGCGACCUGGACGGCAUGGGCGGCAUGUCGGUGGUGAACCAGUCGAACGGCGGUGGCGGCGGCGGCCCGUACCAGCAGCCAUCACCGUCGCCGCGCGGCCAAGACCACCCGGCCGGCGGCGAGUUGAAGUAUAUGCCGCCCGGCCAGCACCAUCACCAUCACCAUCACCACCAUCAAGUUCCUACGUCCCCGUCGCCGGUGUCGCUGUCGGCCGCGGCCAGUUGGGUGGACCCGUGGGCCGCGUCCAUGAGCAUGCACCACCAUCCGCACCACUCGCACCAUCCGCACCAGGGACUGGACAUCAAGCCGCCGCCGGACAUGCGAGUCGUGACCGGCGGUGGUGGUGGCGGCGGCGGUGGCGGCGGCGGUGGCGGCGGUGGCGGCGGAGGCGGCGGUAACGGCGGCGCGCAGUCCUGGCACACGGGGCCACCGCCGCCCGUCGUCUCGGCCGGCCACUACAACAGCAGCGGAUCCGGAUCGCCGCAGCUCGGCCACCAUGGCGCGUACCACGUGAUGAACGGCAUGCUGGGCCACACGCACCCGGCCGUGCAGAUGCACCACAGCCCGUCGUACCCGCAGCAGCACGACCCGCAGUCGCCCGGCGGCGAGGAGGACGCGCCCACGUCCGACGACCUCGAGGCGUUCGCCAAGCAGUUCAAGCAACGGCGCAUCAAGCUGGGCUUCACGCAGGCCGACGUGGGCCUGGCGCUGGGCACGCUGUACGGCAACGUGUUCUCGCAGACCACCAUAUGCCGGUUCGAGGCGCUACAGCUGUCGUUCAAGAACAUGUGCAAGCUCAAGCCGCUGCUGCAGAAGUGGCUGGAGGAGGCGGACUCGACGACGGGGUCGCCGACCAGCAUCGACAAAAUCGCGGCGCAGGGCCGCAAACGCAAGAAACGCACUAGCAUUGAGGUGUCGGUCAAAGGGGCGCUAGAGCAGCACUUCCACAAGCAGCCCAAGCCGUCCGCACAGGAGAUCACCUCGCUGGCCGACUCGCUGCAGCUGGAGAAAGAGGUGGUGCGCGUGUGGUUCUGCAAUCGGCGACAAAAGGAGAAGCGCAUGACGCCGCCGAACACGCUGGGCGGCCCGCAGGACGGCAUGAUGGACGGCUCCGUCGGCGGCGGUGGUGGCGGCGGAGGCCCGAUGGGCCACGGUGGCCUGCACCAGGCCUACCAUCACCAGGACCACGUGAUGCACGGCUCGCCCAUGGGACCGCACUCGCACUCGCACAGCCCACCCAUGCUCUCGCCAAUCGGCAACCAUCAGUCCCUCGCGGCCCAUUAACGUUUCGCCCAGUGGGACGUUGAGUACUCACGGCACCUGGCCAAGAUGCAGCAACAGCAGCAGCACCAGGAAUGCACGUAGAAGAGUACUGUUGUUUACUGUUUCGAACAACGUCUCGCUGAGGGCGACUUAAACGAAUUAACGUGUACGCGCACCAUCUAAUGCGAAUAUACGAAUCGCUAUGAUACGUAUGGUUCGUAUGGGCGUUGGGGCGCGUGAGCGUUACGUUCAAACCAAAUUCGACUAUAUAAAUAUUAAAUAUAAAUAUUAAAUAUAUAUGUAAUUAUAAAUAUGCAAAAAAAAAAAAAAAAAAACGGAUCAUAUACGUAUAAUGUAAUAUAUAUAUAUAUAUUAUUACGACGGCGUGUACAGAAGAACUCGUCCGGUUGUGCGACGGCUGCUGCGUAACGUACGAUUAUUAUAAAUUAUGAUGUUACGUUACGGAUAGACAAGUGUACAUGUUCUCCGCAAACUUUUGAUCGUUAUUAAAUAUAUGUGUACAGUACUGCUGUGAUGCGUACGACGUAAUACGAUAGUGAUAAUGAUAAUAAUAAUUAAAAUAAAAAAUUUGAUGACCACGAUUGAUGAAGUGUACGUGUACAUCAACAAAUAUAUAUGUAUAUUUAACGAACGGUAACGACGACGAUGAUGGACGACGAAAGACUGUAUUACACCGGUUGCAGCGGAACGCGAACAAAAUGUUGCGCCGGACCGAAGAGAAAAAAAACGGAACGACGGAGUCGGCGGUCAGCUGCAGCGCCGAACGAGGAGAUCGUUUUCAUCGCGCCGACGACGAGGACCAGAACGUGUUCGCGGACCGAGCAGGACAUACGCGGAGUCGAACACACGUGGAGCGGGACACACGCGGAGCAGGACACACGCGGAGCAGGACGAAGCGACGGACAGACCGACCGGCUGCGGAUAUCACCUCUUCUAUCGCACACCGACUGUGAUACGUGAUUUAAGGAUAUAUAUAUAUAUAUAUAUAUGCUAUAUUAAUUUUUUUUUUUUUAAUUCUCUUCCCCGGACAUAACUUCGCCGCUAUGAAUACAGGUACUGUUGGUUAUUUUUUUGUUUUAAAAUUACAAAACACCUUUAAAUAUAAUAUACGCACAUCCUCAAAAAUACGAAAAUCAGCACGAGUCAUAAAAUUGUAUUUACUUUUUGAUCUUGACAACGUUUACUUUUUUACAAUUUUACCCAUAAAUUAUGUUUUAUCAUUUUCUCGCCCGACAGUGUUUCGUCGUACGCAAUUCUUCGCGAAACUCGAGGUCCCCUUGCACGCAUUGCUCUUCGGGAAGAACUCGGUUGUACCACCGAUGAGGCAUUUCCCGUGCCGACACCCCCACGAUCGAACCCUCCUAUGUAAUAAAACGAUCCGCCGCAUUUCACCGCAGCACAGGAAUGAAAAAAUAAUUAAUAACAUUCCGUAAAAGGGUUUUCGUGGAUUUUUUGUUCCUUCGCGUCUCCCGUUUUCGAAAACACUUGUUUAUUGUUCGCGUAUGUAUAUGUCCGUGAGUGUAAGCGUGUAUGUUUGUGUGUGUGUGCGCGUGUGUGGGUAUCUCCUCGGUCUAUCUUCUACUGGGGUCUCCCGACGAAACAUCCAAAAACCGGUUCGUUCCGAACGAUUCAUAAUUUUUGUUCAUUUUUCCCAUCUUCUUCUUAUUCUUAUUCUUAUUCGUGAUUUAUGUGACGGAUGAAAAAAGGUAAUAAUAAAAUUACCCCGAAAAAAAUAA